UAUCUCAGCUGUCAAAAUGGAGCUUGACAUCCAGUGUGAGGAGAUGAGCCCAUCUAGAUGGGCUGAACUUCUGUCCACAAUGAAAUCCUGCAAAACCAUCAGGUUGGAUGACUGCAAUCUCUCCAGCAACAAUUGUGAGGAUCUCUCCUCCAUCAUCAGUACAAAUCCAUCCCUUGCAGAGCUGAAGCUGAACAACAAUGAGCUGGGAGAUGAAGGCAUUGAAUACCUGUGUAAAGGGUUGCUGAUGCCAAGCUGUAGCCUUCAGAAGUUAUGGCUGCAAAACUGCAAUCUGACCAGUGCCAGCUGUGAGACGCUCCGCUCCGUCCUCAGCGCACAGCCGUCCCUGACAGAGCUGCACGUAGGUGAUAACAAACUGGGGACUGCUGGAGUGAAGGUGCUGUGUCAAGGGAUGAUGAACCCCAACUGUAAGCUGCAGAAGCUGCAGCUGGAGUAUUGUGAACUCACAGCUGAUAUUGUGGAAGCUCUCAAUGCCGCUCUGCAAAGCAAGCCCACCCUGAAGGACCUCACCCUGAGUAACAACACACUGGGAGAUACAGCAGUAAAGCAGCUGUGCCAGGGCCUGGUGGAGGCAAGCUGCAACCUAGAGUUACUACACCUGGAGAACUGUGGCAUAACCAGCAAUAGCUGUCGGGAGAUCAGCGCUGUUCUCAGUAGCAAGUCAUCACUGAUAGAUCUCUCUGUGGGGGAUAACAAGAUCGGGGACUCCGGUCUGGCUCUGCUCUGCCAAGGACUGAUGCAUCCUAACUGCAGAAUCCAGAAGCUAUGGUUAUGGGACUGUGAUCUCACAAGUGCUAGCUGUAAAGAUCUCUCCAGACUCAUCAGUACAAAAGAGAGCCUCACAGAGAUCAGUCUGAUAGACAACAACCUGAGAGACUCGGGGAUGGAAAUGCUGUGUCAGGCGCUCAAGGAUCCCAGGUCUAAACUCCAGGAGCUAUGGGUUAGGGAGUGUGGGCUCACGACUGCUUGCUGCAAGGCUGUCGGCUCUGCUCUCAGCGUGAACAAGCACUUGAAAGUACUGCACAUGGGUGAGAACAAGUUGGGAGAUGCAGGUGUUGAACUCAUGUGUGAAGGGCUGCUGCACCCCAACUGCAACAUCCAGUCCCUAUGGCUGGGUAACUGCGAUGUCACGUCAGCCUGCUGCGCAACCCUCGCCACUGUCAUGGCUACCAAGCAGUGCCUUACCGAGCUGGACCUGAGCUACAACCCGCUGGAAGAUGAAGGCAUCAGGAAGAUCUGCGAAGCCUUGAGGAACCCCAGCUGCAAUGUGCAGCAGUUAAUUUUGUACGACAUUUUGUGGAGUGCUGAAGUGGAUGAUGAACUGAGAGCGCUGGAAGAGUCCAAGCCUGAGGUGAAGAUCAUUUCAUGAGUGGUGACUGCCUAAGGAGAAACGUCAAAGCAACGUCCUCAUCUUAACCUGAACUUUUUAAUUCAUAAAGCCAAUUAAUUUAAUAGAGAAUUUGCUUGUACCAAAAUAUUUGUGGAUUUCCUGAGUGGGUGUCCAGGGAGCUGACAAGCCUUCUGUGCAUCUCUGGAUGUACUAACUCCAAGGCUCAUGAAAGCAUUGUUCAUUUUCACUGCAGCAUUACUAUCCUUGAAAUAAACAAUUACUGGGCAUCUUCUAGAUGUGGUCUCUACCCUUUAGGAGCUCAUUAAUCUUAUAAUCCCUUCUAA